GUGGCUGAGUGGUGCAGGAGAGGAGGGGUUGCUGAGUGCUGCAGAGGGGAAGGAGGGAUAGUCAAGAGCAAUGAAGGACUGGAUAUCAAUAGAUUUGUGACUUUAAGUGCUUGAUUGUGGACUUUCCACAAAGUGAGGCGGACAAUUGAGAGAAUUCGGAGUCUGCAUUGAUGGAAUUUAAAAAGUGUUCAGUGAGAAACUUUCUUCUUCAUUUUGUCAACAAUUGAUCAAAAGAGUUCUAAUAAUGCAGUAGAAAUAUGUCAGUUUUGGACAUAAUUUGUGAUUUUCUUCCUAAAUGACUGGAGUCAACAGCUGGAAUUAUCAAGAUGAUAAAUAAUUCUUUCUGGACAAUUAUUUUCACAGUUCAGCUGAAAGGGAUUUCCUUGAUGGAUGUUGCCCAUGGUCCCUCGUUUAUCUAUGAGCCUCCGGCCCGUGUACUUAUCUCAAGCGGAAGUGGCGGUACAGUACCAUGUUCAGCACAUGGUAUCCCUCCGCCCAGCCUGUCCUGGCUAGACAGCAUGGAACAACCGGUUUCUGUCAUUAAAGGUUUGCGGGAGGUGCUGCAAAAUGGAACUCUCUGGUUUCCUCAGUUUAAUGCACGAGAUUACAAUGCACAAAUCCACGAACAAGAGUACAGAUGUGUUGCAACAAACCCUGCAGGCGUUAUUGUCAGUCGACAUUCAAGUAUUAGCACUGUCAUGUCUGGAUUUCAGUUCUCUUUGACUGUCUACAGCGUUUCAGUAGAGGUUGGAAAUAUUGCCUUAAUGAAGUGCGGUGGGGGUCGAGAAUACAUAGAUGUAAUAGGUUGGAUGAGGGAUAGUGAUGAACUUCAUACAUCAGGACGAAUACUUAUUACAACAGCUGGAGACCUUCAUAUAAAGGAUGUGCAGUUUACUGAUUCCAUUUAUCACUACAGUUGUAAAUACAGGAAUAAGAUAUCAGGAGAGGAAACUUUGAGCAAACCAGGAUCCAUCAAAGUUACAGAAUCUCGAGGUUCAAGUUUAAAUAGACCAGACACAGUUAACUCAGCAUUUAGGGUUAAGGUGGGCGGAUCUAUAGAUCUACCCUGUGUAGGACAGGGCUAUCCUCCACCAGUUUAUUCAUGGUACAAGAUGAACCAGCUGACUGGAAACCAAGAGCCAUUAAAUGCAUCGCCAUCUCUUUUCCCUAGAGACUCAGUAUUAUCAAUAGUGGGAGCUCGAAGAACGGAUUCAGGGAGAUACAUUUGCAAAAUCCAUAAUUCAGUAUCACAGUUUCUGGUUGAACACCAAUUAGAGGUGUACAGUCCCUUAUCUAGCUACGUAAACCCCUCCUAUAUAGUAUCAGAUUAUGGAAGAACAGCUAUUAUAAACUGUACUGUUGAUGGUGCACCUGUUCUUAAUGUAUUCUGGUUAAAGGAUGGCCAGAUUGUGAUGCCAUCACAAAGAAUUAGACUGACCCCGACUACACUGACCAUCAGGAACGUGAUGAGCUCUGAUGGCGGUAUGUAUCAAUGCCUGGCUGUAAAUGAAGAAGAGGAAAGUCAAGCCACAGCUCAACUUGUUCUAGGAUCUCAGCCACCAGUUUUCAAUUAUGUUUUUCCAAAAGAAGUUCAUCAAGAGGGUCCAAAAAUUUCUCUUAGAUGUGAGGUGUCUGGUAAUCCUCCUCCGAGCAUAUCCUGGUUCCUUGAUCAGCACAGGAUUAGUUUCGGAUCCGGUAGAUCCCUUAUUCUUCAUCAGAAUACUGGGUUUGUAGAACGUGUUUUGAUUGGUCAGUAUUUGUCAGCAGAGGGGACAGUGAUCAGUCAUCUAAAUAUCUCAACAGUUUUAUCAACAGAUGGAGGUCUUUACAGAUGUGUUGCUAAGAACUCUGUUGGAAGUGUCGAACAUUCUGCCAGACUCAACAUUUACGGUCCCCCGACAUCAAGAGGAAGGUUGAACCAAACUGCUGUAGCAGGAUCUGAUGUGCUGCUGGUGUGCCCUGUAUCAGGGUAUCCUAUCCAUAAAGUAGAAUGGUCUACCCAACACCAGAUAAUCAAGGGACCACGACCAGCUCCUCUAACCAACGGAUCUCUACUGAUCAGAAAUGUUGAGAAAAAUGAUAACAUUGAGUACAGUUGUACAGCGUACAGUGACGGUCAAGGGUCAGCUACAGCUUACGUUGUUCUAAUAGUUAUAGAGGCACCAAAGAUUUCCCCUUUUGCAUUCGAUGGAGAUCUCAAGGAAGGAGAUAGAUCCCAGGUGUCCUGUACAAUUUCUUCUGGAGAUCUACCUAUUUCUAUUCGUUGGGAGAAGAAUGGAAACCAACUAGAGGCUUCAAAGAAUGUCCAGAUACAAUCCAAUCCAUUCAGUAGCAGCAUAUUCUUCUUUAGCUUAACAGCAGCACAUAGUGGUUCAUACACAUGCCUAGCUGAAAACAGUGCAGAUGUCUCUAAUUUUACAGCUCAACUUAUUGUUAAAGUGAGUCCUCAUUGGUUGGUUGAACCAGCCAAUCAGACAGUGGUAUACCAUGAGAGUGUUGUUAUCAACUGUCAAGCAGGAGGGAACCCUCGACCAACUAUAUCAUGGAGAAGAUCUACAGGUAACCUGAAUAGUGUAUAUGAGUAUGUUCAAACUUCUGAUGGGAAUAUUCAAUUUCAUCCAAACGGAUCAUUGGUUCUAAAGGCAGUUAGGCAGUCAGGUAAACUUUUUUCCUGGACGGCGGGGGGUCUGCUAAACUUCCUAAUUUCAGUUCCUGUGUACUUUGAACACUUCAAAGCAAACAGAACGGCAAUUGUCAACCAGGAUGCUGCACUUGUUUGUAACCCCUUCGGAGAUCAUCCAAUCCGUGUAGUCUGGAGGAGAGGGGAACAGGAACUAAAUGGGAAACAGGACAGGUUUUCCUUUGCCUCUGCUAAUUCUAGCGAGGGAGUUAUGAACACUUUAACUAUCAGAAAUGUGCAACGGCAAGAUGGAAGAGAGUACACGUGCUUUGCAUCAAACCGGUUUGGUUCUCAGUACCUUACAGUACAGCUUGCAGUUUAUGAACCCCCUGAACCCCCCUCAAGCCUGUAUGUAUCUGAUCUAACAAGUAGAUCCAUGGUUCUCUCCUGGUAUCCAGCCUUUGACGGAAACAGUCCCGUGCUUCAUUACCUAGUUCAGUUUAAACCACAGGCCGUUCCUUGGAGGGAAGCAGGAAAUAUAACCGUGUCAAGGGAGCAUAGCUAUACCAGGUUGGAUGGCCUACUCCCCAACAACAUUUAUCUGCUCCGGGUUAUCAGUGUUAACAGUAUUGGACUAGGCCCCCCUAGUCUAGAGAUAGUGGCGCAAACUAAAGAAGAAGUUCCUUCUGGUUCUCCUGUAUCUGUUCGAGUCGAAGCAGUUUCCUCUACACAAAUUCUAGUUUCUUGGCAGCCUCCAAGGGAAGACGACCGUAAUGGAAUUCUUCUCGGAUACAGUGUACGUUAUGGAGAGCUGAAUUCGGAACAUCUUACCAAGAAAACUGUCAGGAGUGUGUCAACUACAGAAUUGAGACUCUCAGGCUUAGUUCCCUUCACCAAGUAUCAAGUAAUGGUGAACGCUUUCAAUAGUAUUGGGGCAGGACCUACAUCUUCCAGAAGCAUCAUCAGUACACAUGAAGCAGUCCCUGGUUCUCCCCCGGAAGAGGUGAGAUGUGAACCCGUAUCUCCUUCUCUGCUCUCCAUAUCCUGGAAACCACCAGUUCAGAAUAUGAAUGGAAUAGUCCUGGGAUAUUCAGUUACAUACAGAAGAGAGAACUUGGUUGGAGGAAAAGAUGCUAUAAAAGAGGUGAAGGUGGGUGGACUAUACACAUCUAUAACUGAUUUGGAAACCUAUACCAGCUACUAUAUAAAAGUCGCAGCUUUUACUAAGGUUGGGAAAGGUGUCUCCAGUGAAAAACUGAUCUGUACAACAGGGCAAGACGUUCCUUCUGCGCCUGAGGAUGUGAAAGCUGUGGUAGUAUCAGCUGAUUCCAUAAAACUGUCAUGGCGGCCACCUGCCUGGAGAAAUGGAGAUAUUCUCAGCUAUUCUAUAUUUACUCAAGUAGACAGGCAAACCAGUACUACUACUGUAGCAGCAACAGAAACGGAGUUUUUGAUCAAAGAUCUUCGAGAAAGACAACAUUAUGAAUUCUGGGUUGUUGCUCGAACUGCAAUAGGAACCAAUCAAAUUUAUCAUUCUAUUAGAGAAAAUUGUUUCUAA